UUUUUUUUCCUUUUUUCUUUGCUUCUUUUUAUUUCAUUACCCAUUUUUAUUAUUAUCCCCUCUUUAUAUAUCAAUGUCUUUUCCAAGUAUUAACGGUGCCGAUUGUUCCAGUGGACAAAAUCCCAUGGUUCAAAUGAUGAAACAGCUCAAUCAAGAUCGGUCGCUUCAAAAGGAUCAUUUUGUAGGAUCAUCAGCAAACAACACAGUAUCCAUGUCGAUGCGAACAAGGGAACAGCGACUAGGCGUUUUUAAUGAAGACAACAUGGUCAAUGACUUUUUUGGACAAGAGCAACAACAUCGUUUAACACAACAACCUGGAAAUGUAUUUGAAUUCUCUCGAUUAGAACAAGAAUUGGAUGCUGUGCAACAUAAUCAACCAUCAUCUUGGGCUGGUGAUUUUCAUCAACAGCAAUAUCAUCAAAGAAACAUACCUCCUCUUCCACUUGGUAAUGAAGAAACUGCUACAAUGGAAAGAGCUUUCUUGUCAACUAAAUCAGCCAUGAAAGCACCUACUGGUUGGCAUGAAGAAUUUAUGAAUCAUUCAGAACAAUCAAGAUUGGAUCCUAUACAACCAACUGUAUUUAACAAUAAUAAUAAUUUUCAGAAUCACGUUGGAUGGUCAAAUGGAAUGUCUGUGCAAUCUCCUCCUUUUUAUUAUCAACAACAGAAUACAAGUGACAGUAAUCGGAUAGUAGAAUUGGAUCAACAAGGAUGGGAGGAUCAAUUUGCAGCUUUUGAUUCUGAUCAAGUACAAGAGGAACAACAACAACGAAAUGAUCAACAAGAAGAAGAGACUGAAGAAGAAAUGGCGAAAAGAAUCGAAGAAGCAGCAAGUAAAGAUCCAGCAGCAUUCAAAGAAUUUGAAUCUAUUUGGCAAGAUCUCCGGGAUCAAAUGGCAAAAGAAGAAUCGGAUGUGGACGAAGGUGAUGACUGGGAAGAUGAAUUCGGUCACUUUGGACCUAGUAGUGGUGGCAUGUACAAACCCGAUUUAGGUGACUAUGUAUUUGAAAUUGAGAACCCUUAUUUGGAUCAUACCAAUCCUUUGGCGGAAGCGCAAGAAAUGAUGGCAAAUCAAUCAAAUGGAACAAUAAUUAGUCUUAGUGAACUGGCUUUGGCUUUGGAAGCAGCAGUGCAAAAAGAUCCUACUGAUUCGGAUGUAUGGAUGCAUCUUGGCAAUGUACAAGCUCAAAAUGAAAAAGAAGAACCUGCCAUCCGUGCCUUGGAAAAAGCUGUGUCUGUGAAUGCGUCCAACUAUCGAGCCCUAAUGUCCCUGGCUGUCAGCUACACAAAUGAAUCUUAUGAUCAUGCAGCAUAUAAAACUCUACAACAAUGGAUCAGUGAAAAAUAUCCCUCGGUAGUUAACGAACCAUUACUUGAAACUGCUACUCCUUACGAACUUCAUGAACGUGUGACAGCUAUGUUUAUCAAAGCUGCUCAGAUGGCUCCCGAUGGACAAGCAAUGGAUCCUGAUGUACAAGUUGGUUUAGGAGUCUUAUUCUAUGGUGGUGGUGAUUUGGAAAAAGCUAUUGAUUGUUUUUAUGCGGCUGUCAAAGGUCGUCCUGAUGAUUAUCUAUUAUGGAAUCGACUUGGUGCGACCUUGGCCAAUAAUGGACGAUCAGAAGAUGCUAUAGAAGCCUAUCACAAAGCAUUAGAACUCUGUCCUUCUUUUGUUCGUGCAAGGUACAAUUUGGGUGUGAGUUGUUUGAACAUUGGUUGUUACAAGGAAGCUGCUGAACAUUUACUGACCGGAUUAUCUAUGCAUAAACGAGGUAUUACUAAUAAUGAAGAAGGUAUCAAUGUUUCAAGGAAUUUAUGGGAUAUGUUACGAAAAUCAUUGAAUAUGCUUGAUCGACGUGAUUUGGCGGAAAAGGCAGUGCCAGGUGCAGAUAUCAAUCAAUUUAGAGUCGAUUUUGAAUUUUAGUUUAGAUACAUAUUUUUUUUUUAUUAGCCAUUUGUAUUUGUAGUCUAUAGAAAUAAACAAUUGAU